AGGUGAAUAACCAUAUAGCCACAGCGAGCACGUGACCGAAAGGACGACGCUUGCUGGGCUGCAGAGUGAAAGUAGCGAGUCAUCAUCUGUUAAGGGCCGAUUGUUCCAACUUCUUGGUAAACUGACAGUUAAAUCAUAUAUCUGUCUUCGUUUUUUACUUAAAUUGGACAGAGACAGACACACGAUUUAAUUGUCAGGUAGCAAGAAGUUAGAACAAUUGGCGCUAAACCUUAAGUAGCUAUCGUGCGACGUUUAGCCUCAAGAUUGUUAACUUCAUAAAACCUAGGACUCUUCCUAAUUUAUGAAAAGUUCUUAUUGAAACUUGUGUCAUUGUAAUUAUUAUAAUAUAAAGAUGUAGAUUAGUGAUGUAGAUAGAGAAAUAUAUAAAAUGAUAUAGAGAUAACCCGCAUAAUAAGGAAUUAAGGCAAAUCCCACAGAUUUCAUGAAGUUGACGGUCUUGAGGUUAAGCGCCGCGACAAUCAGUCGUGAGGCUUGGCGAGUAAGUUGGAAAAGGAAGGUGUAUUAUAAAGUGAGAUGAACGACUGCGCGACUUGUACAGCGUGGUGAGGAUAGCGAACUCUGCGUACGUGCGAUAUAUGCGUUUCUCAAAAUAGAACGUCUGGACGCGACAUUGUUAUGAUCAACGCAUAAAUAAACAGGUGCGCUGACGCACCGCAAUAGCGCCGGCCCGAUCGAGAGCGCAGAUCAAUACGAACGUCAAUAACUCCACUUAUAGACGUCGUACCAACUUAAAACAAAAACCGUUGGAAAGGGGAAAUUGUCGCACUUUUGAUGGACGUAAAGUCGCUUUUUUGUGGAAUAAAAAUCAAAUAGCAUAAUCAUAAAUACGAAAGACUAUUUUAAUAGUGAUAAUAAUGAGAACUUUGCUCUGAUUUAGAUCUGUUCAAAUUUGGCUGUGUUAACGCGAAAUUUAGUCCAAAUGAACGAAUCGACGCGUUUUGGUUGAAGCAUACAGAAUUCCUGGUUCCUGGAUCUACACUUGAUUUUAAGAACUAGGAAUUUCAUUUUUUUCAAAAUGCGUUGAUUUGUUCAUCAAACUUCACUUUAAUACAACCAAACUUUUUUCUCCGUGUAUAUCAGACGUGUCUUUUGAGGCAUGUCUCUUGAGAUAUGCCUACAGAACUCGUCCCACCACACCGCGCGCAUUGAUCAACUAAUUCCCAGUCAGUUAAUAUCUCGAUAAUUAUUGUGGUUACAAAGUGUGAAUUGUUGCUCAGUUUAACGAGCUCCACUUGUACACGAGCAGAGUCGAACAUUUAAAUCCAGACACCCCGUAUACUCCGUGCGCCACAUGCACAUACACGUGCGCAAUUCCACGAGUGGAUUUAUGAAGUGACGAACACUCUCUUGCGCGCUCGCUCGCUAAAUUGAAUUCGACUUGGCCCAUUUCUUGCCGUGUUAAUCGUGACUCGUCGACGAAUCGAGCGCCGACAUUCUCGCUGAAACGUGUGCUACUUUUUCUCGCUUCUUAUGACAGCUCUGGAUUGCAUAAUUGAGGACGUUUACUUCGCGAACGACUCGCAUAUCUCUUGGAGACGAUGUCACAUAUUAUACCAUUUUGUCAACGGAGAUCUUUAUUUUUCCGAAGAUUUUCCGAAAUAACGUAUUGCUUCUCAUAAGAAAUGAUUAACACUUACAGCAUGAGAAAUAUAGCCGGGUCGCUCUCCCCCUCGCCGAUUCGACUCUGUCAAAUGUACUUCCUCAUUUACGUCAUGCUGGCCAUCGUGUCUACGACAUUCAGCUCGGCGGAAAUUAAUAAGCAUGACGGAAGCAAAGCGACACACAUGAAGGACGAAUAUAGCUCGGUUAGAAGCGCUAAGAAAUCGACGAUCUCCCCGUAUCAGCGUGAAAAUAAUGAAGUCACUGGUGAUCGAAAUCAUUCGGCUAAUGAACUCGUGACUACCGGUGACGAGAAAAAUAGUGCGGCCCUAAAUCGAUUUCUGGAGAACGUUUUGAAGGCGCGGAACAAUUUGAAGUGGAUAGACGAAGACGCGCGUCUCAUCAAUCAUAGGUCCCGUCCAAAGAAGUAAGAGCUUCAAGUAAUUGCUCGUUUCUUUAACGAUAGAAGAAGAAAAGAGUAUAAAUACAACAAAAAUAUGAGCUACAGACGCUAAUCCCAAAAAUAUUAGCAUGUAAGAAUCGAAAGAACUUUGGGUCAAAUAAUGUAAUGAAUUGCUGCAGUAGGUCUGACUUUUUUCAAUUUUAAUGGCGAGACGCGCGUCGUACCGUCUCGCCCAGAGAACGAACAAAUUCCCAACGUGCUCGACUCGUAUUUUUACCCACGGCGAUUUAGAGACACGCCGAUCUCCAUUGAGCGAUCCAAUAAGAGUAUUCCCGAUACAGUCCGCCGGCGUAUAUAAGCGAGCACUCCGCGGGAUCCGCCAGCAUGGAAGAAGACGUCUUAGGACUCGGUGAUAUCGGUUAUGAAAGUAGGUUACGUGGCAAGAGGGGCUUCGAUCGGAAUUACGAAAUGAUGCGGACGCCGCGGAAGAAGAAAUACGGCGAGGAGGGUGCUCGCGACGUCCCUCAGAGAGUCUAUCUGGAUAACGACAUGACGUUUAAGAGAGACACCUCUGGCGUUGAUUUCGACGGCCUUUAUCGAUCACGCGACACGUAAGCGCGAUGGAACGAUAUGCACCGUGAAAUUAAACUCCACACACAGAAAAAUGUCAUUCUGCUGGCGAGAAAAGUGAUCACUCAGUUUGUUGUUGUUCUUUGAAGUAAUAGUCAUUUCCAACAAAGAUUAUUUU